AUGAUGAGGACAUCGCCUAUGGUGAAACGGCCUCACGGGUCAGAGGAAGCAGAUCAGCAGCAAGAGCAGCAGCAGCAACAACAAGGGCAGCAGCAGCACGGGCAGCAGCAGCAAGAGCAGCAGCAGCAGCAGCUGCUGGAAAGCCAGCAAGAGAAGAAAGAGGAGCAGCAGCAACAGCAGCAACAGCAGCAACAACAGUUUACAUCUUUUGACCCAGACGCAUUUGUUGCCAUCGUGAUUGGGUCCUCAUCUUUCGCUCCCUUGAAGCGCCGCCUCUUUGUUGAUGGAGCAGUUGUUGAGGAACAUCUCUCUACUGCGGAAGCGAAGGAGAGUUUGCUGCAGUUAAUUCAGAGCCACCCUCACGUAUUUCUUGAGCGCCACGGGCGGCUGCUGCCAACGGAGGCUGUGCGGUGUCUCGCCAGACACUUCGAGGGGCGGCCGGAAGUCCAGUACUACGUAGAGAAGCUGAGCGAAAAUGAUAGCAGCAACAGCAGCAGCAGCAGCAGCAGCGGUUCGCAGAAAGCUCCAAAGAUCACAAAGGUGCAGCAGAACCGGCGGCUACAGCGCAUGCGCCAGCUGCAGCAAGAGGGAACCUUCUUUUCUGAGGAAGCACUUAAGCGUGUAGAGCCCGCGCUGUACGAGGAAAUGGUUGGCCGCUUUGAAUGCAGCUUCUCUCUUGCUGCUAGGCCGCCGACUGCAGCAGAAGCUGCAGCUGCAGCAGCAGAUGCAGAGGCAUCUGCUGCUGCUGCUGCUGCUGCUGCAGCCGCUGCAGCUGCCGCAGCAGCUGCGGCAGAAGCAGCAGCAACUGCAAAAGCAGCUGCCGCAGCCGCCGCUUCGCCGCCAGCUGCCCGCGUUCCCGACACCUCGGCUAGCUGCACCACUCUGGCAACGAGGAGCAGCAGCAGCAGCAGCAGCAGCAGCAGCAGCAGCAGCAGCAGCAAGGGAGGGGUGCUCUACAGCACCAUGCUUGACCGCGCCUACGACAGAGAAGAAGAAGAAGAAAAAAUAAUAAAGCAGAAGCAAAUUUGGAAGGCCCAGGAGCAGCAGUUCUAUGCGCAGCUCAAACGCAUGCAGCAGCAACAGCAGCAGCAGCAGCGGCAGCAGCAGCAGCAGCAGCAGCAGGCAGAAGGAGAGAACGUGGUUGAGCUGCAAGACGCCGGAGCAGCGGAAGGGAAAGUAGCAGCACCAGCAGCAAAUGCAGCAGCAGCAGCACGGAGCGCAGAAAGCGACAAAAGAGAAGACGCAGAGAGGGAGCAGCAGCAGCAGCUAGAGGACGAGGAAGAGCAGCUGCAGCAGCAGCAGCAGCAGCAACGCGAGCAGCAGCAAAAGCAGCAUGUGUCUGGAAUCUUGGCUGAAGUAGAGCCAUCGAGACGUGUAGAGCGUGGCGCUGCUGCAGCGCGGCAGCAGCAGCAGCAGCAGCACAGGCGACAGAAGCAGCAGCAGCGGCGGCGCCACGAGAAGCAGCAGCAGCAGCGGCAGCAGCAGCAGCAGCAGCUUUCGGAUUGUGGAGAAGCUGAAGUGACGCAAAUAUCUCUAGAAGAGUUUGAAAACAACCGAAAAGACUUCAUCGAGGUGAUGCGUCUCCGCUUUCUAGCUGGCAAUUUCCCCGGCGUGGAUUUCGCCGCCAUCGACGCCGACGACUCUUUAGACGACAUCACCCAGGCAAACAGGGACCUUCAGGACGCAUACUUCGACGCCGACUGA